GGUGAACACUUCAGUAGUGAAACUAAAAAUGUCUUCAACAUUGAGACUUUUUAUAAACGAGCGACUAACUGCUGCUGCAGAAGAAAUAUUCUCAGAGUUUGAAAAAACUAUCGUCUGGUACGAGGAGGAGAUCGACCGUCAGCGCAGACUGCUGGAUAACAUCUGGAAACCACAGAUACCACAACACACAGCAGAUCUCCCACGGCAACAUGUGUUUAAGGAGGAAGAAGUUCUUACUACCCAGCAGCUCUGUAAUCAGGAGACGGACACAAGUCUGGACCAAGAGCAUCUGCAGAUGAAGGAGGAUCAGGAGGAACUCUGUACCAGUCAGGAGGGAGAGCAGCUCGUACUGAAACGAGAGAUUGAUGAUAGUAGUCAACACAGUGACCUGCCCUCCUCUCAUUACUCUCCUGUAGAUGAAACUCUAGGUCUGGAUGCAAGCAAGCUGGUAGACUCAGGAUCAAGCGGAAAUGCUGAGCCAAACCCAGAUAAGAGACCUCACAGCAACAACAGUCACGGCAACACGGUAGACGACUCUCCUGUAUCUGAGAGUCAGUGUAAAACUGAUACAGAAUGUGACUUCUGUGGAAAAAAAUUCAAAGACAAGUACCAAAUGAAGAGGCAUCAGAAAACUCACACAGGUGUGAAACCAUAUGCUUGCAACUUUUGUGGGAAAAGAUUCUGUCAGAUAUCGUCACUUAAAUAUCACAUAAGAAUUCACACGGGUGAGAAGCCACAUUCUUGCGACACAUGUGGAAAAAGUUUCAGAAGGGGUGAUGCUUUGACGGUCCACAAGAGGACUCACACAGGUGAGAAGCCGUAUUCUUGCAAAACAUGUGGUAAACGUUUCACUCAGAACGGUAGUUUGUCUGCUCACAUGAGUAUUCACACAGGUGAGAAGAAGUAUUCUUGUAAAACGUGGAAAACGUUUCGCUCAUAGUGGUAGUCUGUCUGCUCACACGAGUAUUCACACAGGUGAGAAGUAUUCUUGUAAGAUAUGUGGGAAAAGUUUUACCAAAAGUUGUAAUUUAAAUAAGCACAUGAGAACUC